AUGGUACACCCGAUGGCUCGACUGACGCCUCCAGCAGCGGGAGACAUCCGCCCCUCGACCCAAACACCCCUCCAGGUGUAUGCCGUUACUUCUGGAGUCGUGGUGUAUGUAAUCGUGGGACAUCGUGCACACACAUGCAUCAACGUCCAGACUCCCAAGGAAACAAUCCUAUCUUAUCUACCCAAGUCCCCCGUGGGGUCUGCCUCACAUUUCAAGGCUGCCGGGCUAGGCAACUUUACCAUCUUGGAUACGGACAAAUUUUGCGUUGGCACUGGGAAAGGUGCCAACCCAUCCGAGACUAGGAGCUUCCUUCGGCGCUUCUUGCAAGACAACUUUCGGUUUCAGACUGUCACGCAAAUCUACUCGUUUCUGGAAAUUAUAUGCAAUGCAAACACUCAGAAUGCAGAAUGGAAACUCGAAGAUGGACAAGCGAGUAUCCUACAUCUCUGGCAGUGGCCUAAACUAAUUACAUUUCUAGGAGCAUUUACAUAUGUUAGCAAAGCCCGAUGGGAACGGGGUACUAAGAAUUGGCGACGUUAUACGAUUUCCUCGAGAGGAGAACACCUUGAAUGGUCGAACAGCGUGGUCGUUCCAACGUGGUUACUUGUCAUUAUUGACUGCACGCUCGUCAGUUUGUUGAAUUGGCUCGCGAGCACGGUGUUCAAGCCAGUCCUUGGGCCUGAGGACCAGGUCGUGGUUAAGCCAGUAGCAUAA